AUGUCGGCGGUGGAAGAAGAUGAAACGUCGGCCUUUUGGCAGCGACUCGGGAAACAGGUCGCAGCCUUGCCUGGCAUCAAAGCCAUCCUCGUUAUAAGCGCGCACUGGGAGGCGGACGGGGCAGCAAUACGAGUGAACAGUACCACAAAGCCGGCCACUAUUCACGACUUUUACGGAUUUCCCCGGGAGCUUUACGAACUACAGUACCCGGUCAAGGGAUCACCGGAGCUGGCACAGCGAGUAGUGGAGCUCCUCUCAGCCAAUCGUAUCGAAGCUGAGCUGGACCCAUCCCACGACCUGGACCACGGCGCGUGGGUCCCGCUGCGCUGGAUGCUGCCACGUGGCACCCUCCCAGUGGUCCAGAUGUCGCUGUACGGCGGCAGCAGCCGGCAAGUGGGAAACGCUAUAACGAGUAUGCAGCGCCACGUGGAGCUGGGUCGGGCUUUAAGGCCCCUCAGGAGGGAGGGGGUGCUGGUGCUGGCGAGUGGCGGUGCGGUGCAUAACUUGAGAGAAGUCGGAUCCUACUUUGGGACUAAGAAGGUGGCAUCCUACGUGGCGCCCUUUGAUUCGCUGUUGGACGAGGCAAUCACCAAGGCCAAGUCAGAUCAAGACAUGAUCACCCGCCUACUGGCACUCUCCUCUCACCCACUCCUGCCCAAGGCCCACCCCACCAUCGAGCAUCUGUUGCCUCUCUACGUCGCUGCUGGUGCUGCCACCGGUGCUGCCACUGGUGCUUCUAACGUCGAUUACACUCCACACUCCACCACUGAAGCAGCCUCUAACGAGGGUGGAAACGCCUCAGGAGGAGUCAGAUCUCAGCCGUCCAUUGCCCCUCAGAAGCUCUUCCAGAUGCACAUCUGGACGCUCAGCAACGCGGCCUUCAGCUUCGGGAAUAUGCCUCGGGAGAAGCAAGCAGCAUUGACAUAG